CCUCCUGGUACGUCACUGGUAGAACACGGAACAAGGUUUCUCCCUCCAUUCUGCAGUACCGUUGAAUGAGCUCUGGUGCUGUAGUAGGAUCAGGUUAACAACAGUUAAACUGUUCGACGUGGGGCUUUGAUCAAACUCAUUUCCAAUUCAAUGGAAAGUAUAUUCAGGUUGCUACAUUUUGUUUUCACCGCGGAAACUCAAAAACAAAAUGCACACAGGAAGUGCUCCGGGGGUGUCUUAAUUUGAAGGGCUUGGCGGAUGUUUGGCCAGCCUCACACUGUUGUGUUGUUGCACCGUGAACACACAACACAGCCGCGACGCUGAGGGGAACUUUCCCUCCGACUUGACUCGUUUCCAUCUUCAACCUUUCACGUGAAGAAGUGUCUGAUUGGUCGCUGGGAGCAUGGCGGACCGGGAGGAGCGCCGCUUCGCCGAGAUUCCCCGAGAGUCUGUCAAGUUCAUGGCAGAGAGUUCAGGCGUGGAGCUCGGCGACGAUGUGGCUGCUCUGCUGGCUGAGGAUGUGUGCUACCGGCUCAGGGAGGCGACACAGAGCAGCUCCCAGUUCAUGAGACACGCCAAGAGGAGGAAGCUGACAGUGGAAGAUUUUAACCGAGCUCUGCACUGGAGCAAUGUGGAGGCCAUCAGUGGCUACGGGGCUCAGGAUGCCCUGCCUUUCCGCUCAGUGAAAGAAGGUGAGCUGUUCUUCGUUGAGGAUCGGGAAAUCAACCUGGUGGAGUUGGCUCUGGCCACUAACAUUCCCAAAGGCUGUGCUGAGACCAUGGUACGAGUGAACGUGUCUUACCUGGAUGGGAAAGGCAACCUGGAUCAUCAAGGGACCGUUCCCACUGCAGUGCAGUCCCUGUCAGACGACUUGUUGAAGUACUACCAGCAGAUCACUCGGGCCAUCCUGGGAGAGGACCCCCACCUUAUGAAGGUGGCUCUGCUGGACCUCCAGUCCAACUCCAGGAUGGCUGCCUUACUACCAUACUUUGUCUAUGUCAUCAGUGGGGUGAAGUCAGUCAGCCAUGACCUGGAGCAGCUCAACAGACUCCUCCACAUGGUGAAGAGCCUGGUGCAGAACCCCUACCUGUACCUGGGCUCGUACGUCCGGAGUCUGGUCUCCAGCGUCAUGUACUGCAUCCUGGAGCCACUAGCUGCUUCCAUCAACCCGCUCAACGACCACUGGACCCUCAGGGACUAUGCUGCGCUGCUCCUCAGCCACAUCUUCUGGACCCACGGUGACCUGGUGAGUGGUCUCUACCACCAGAUCCUGCUGUCGCUACAGAAGGUCCUGUCUGAUCCAGUGAGACCGCUCUGCUCCCACUAUGGAGCCGUGGUGGGGCUUCAUGCUCUUGGAUGGAAAGCAGUUGAGCGAGUUCUCUUUCCACACCUUCCUGCCUACUGGGCCAACCUCCAGGCUGUGCUAGACGAUUAUUCUGUUUCCAACGCUCAGGUCAAAGCAGAUGGACACAAGGUCUAUGGAGCCAUCCUGGUGGCAGUGGAGCGCCUGCUGAAGAUGAAGGCUCUGUCCCUGUCUCAGUCUGCAGAGGGGGGCUCCAGUGGUCAGACAGGCUCUGUGGUGGGUGCUAUGGGUCACAGGGUAAGCUCCCCUGGACUCAGCCCCCCUCCAGAGCCUCUGUCAGAGGCCACCCUUGGAAUCGCCAGCCACCUCCAGGCUGGAGGGGCGGGCUGUCCCUGGGAGGAGUGGACCCCGGUCCCUCUCCCUGCCAUGUACUGUGAGCUCUACUCCUUCUUUGGAGACAGCCUGGCUGUCAGGUUUAGCACUGGGCCAGGGUUCGGCAGCUACCCUCCCUGCACCCGGUUCCAGCUCAGAGAUACCAGGAAGGAACCUCCCGGCCACGCCUCCAACCCUGACACCACCCGUAAGAUGCCACAGCUGACUGCUAACCUCAACAUCAGCCCUAGGCACGAUGGGAGUCCUCGCACCGACCCGGCCCCACCUAGCCUGGCUGCUACAGGAGCAACAAGGUCCCUGACUCGCUCCUCCUCCUCCUCCUCCUCUUCUGUCCAGCGCUCCAGAUCUUCCUCGUCACGCCCCGGUCAGCGCUCGGCAGGACUGUCUCGUGACGUUUUCCCCAAAGCUCGUUUCACAUCUCCUCAGGCCAGCCCUCCGGCAAUCACCUUUCUAAUCGGUGGUCGGCAAAUGGGCCGACGUUGUCAAGGCCGGCGCCCCUUCCAGACCACUUUUGCCCCGACUCCACCUCUCUCUGCCAUCCCACCACGUGCCUACGCCCACAAACUGCCUGUCAUCGGCAGGGUGGGCAAGCCUGUGCGCCGCUGGACAUGUUCCCAUUACUCUCUUCACUUGCCUCUGUAGAGCAGAGGGAACAGACUUUAUCAGACUGCAUCACUGCAGAGUGGACUGUUGAGACUUCUGUUCAUAUUUUUCAUCCUGAACCCCCAAUAUUUAGUCUUUAGUGAUGAUAUUUUCAUAGUUAGUUCAUACUUCAUAAUUGUACAGAUUUUGAUUCAUUAUAGAAAACUUUUGAAACUGAUUUAAACCCACUGUGUGUAAAAGCUGAAUGACAUUGUCUUCUCCAAACCCUGUGGUAGGAAGCAGUGCACUCCUCCACACCCACAGUGUAUCUGAGCAGGAGACCGCACCAGUUUGUACUGGGAUUGUUUAACUUACAGAGUCAUUUGACAAAAAAAUCCACAUGCAGGAGGUUUUUAUACGAAGCGAUGCAGGUUUUUAUACGAAGCGAUGCAAAAUGUAACUCAAUCAGUAACUUAAUUAUCAAAACUGUUUCAACUAGUUUUUCAGUUGAACAACUACUUGGCUACUGAACAAAUAUUUUAGGCACAAGACUGUGGAUUAGAUGAUGUAUAUUUUCCCGAACAAUGGCACUAUUUUCUUGAAUGAAUACAUGAUGGGAGGAGCAAACUGAGCAAAAAUGUUUCAGUGUGACUCUGCUGAAGCAUGCCAGAGCUGAGCGUCAUGACCUGGAGUCUACACACAGAGGAGAACUGAGAAGCAGAAAACUGCUAUGGACUGAUUUGCAGUGGGGGGGGGCAGGACUAUUUUUGAAUGAAGCAGAGAGACUGAUCACCUGCUGAGCAGUGUUGGAACAAAUGGACAGCAUUUAUUACUGUAUUACCAAAAAAAGUUGUCAUAGAAUAAAACUAAACUUUAUUUUA